AAAAGGGGUGAGCUGCCAGGGCCUGCGGAGAGGGAGCUGGAGCUGAGACAGUGCACUCAUCCUCAUCGUCGUCGUCUCACGACCUGUGGAGGACCCGGCAUCAGAGCCCACAGCCAUGGGCGGGUACCUGAAGGUGAAGAUGCUGAGCAACGAGUUCCAAGUGCCCAUGAGGGACUCCAUGCUGUUGUCGGAACUGAAGCAGCUGAUCACCCAGAAGAUCCAAGUGCCUGCCUUCCGGCAGCGCCUGCUGGUCCAGGGGAGCAAUGAAGUGCUGCAGGACGGGGUUCCCCUGGCCCACCAGGGCCUGCGCUCUGGCAGCGAGGUCGUGCUGGUGGUGCAGAGCUGCGACAGGCCCCUGAGCAUCCUGGUGAGGAACGACAGGGGCAACAACCGAGCCUACGAGGUCCAGCUGACGCAGAAGGUGGCCAGACUCAAGGAGCAGGUGGCUGAACGGGAGAGCACGAACGUCGACCAGUUCUGGCUGAGUUUCCAGGGGCAGCCCCUGGAUGACGAGAAGCAGCUGGGGGAGUACGACCUCACGCCCCACUGCACCGUGCAGAUGAAUCUGCGCCUUCGGGGGGGCGAGGAGGGGCUGGGAGGGCAGCGCUAAGAACCACCACCGGCGAGUCCCUGGCCAAGGGGCCCAUAAUAAACGCUGAUGCAAAGCUAA